GCCAUGGCGCGGUUCGAGCCGGCGGCGCUGCCCGAGCUGCUCCCGGUCUUCUACCGGCGGCUCUUCCCGCACGGCGCCUACGGCCGCUGGCUUGGCUACGGCGGCGUGGUGAAGAACUACUUCCAGCUGCGGGAGUUCUCCUUCACGCUGCGGGACGACGUCUACGUGCGGUUCCAGUCCUUCGGCAGCCCCCAGGAGCUGGAGCGGGAGCUGCAGAGGACCAACCCCUACAAGAUCGACAUCGGGGCCGUCUACUCCCACCGGCCCAACCAGCACAACACGGUGCACCUGGGGGCCUUCCAGCCGCAGGAGAAGGAGCUGGUCUUCGACAUCGACAUGACGGACUAUGACGACGUCCGGAUGUGCUGCAGCUCAGCCGAGAUCUGCUCCAAGUGCUGGACCCUGAUGACCAUCGCCGUCCGCAUCAUCGACCGCGCGCUCGUGGAGGACCUGGGCGUGAGGCAUCGCCUGUGGGUGUACUCGGGCCGGAGGGGCGUCCACUGCUGGGUGUGCGACGACGCGGUGCGGAAGUGGUCCCCGGCGCUGCGAGCGGCCACCGUGGAGUACCUGACCCUGGUGAAGGGCGGAGCAGAGACUGUGAAGAAGGUGAACCUCUCUGAGCCUGUCCACCCCUUCAUCAGGCGGUCGAUCAGUGUGGUGGAGAAGUACUUUGAGGCGUACGCGCUGGUGGGCCAGGACAUCCUGGGCAGCCCGGAGAGCUGGGACAAGGUGCUGGCCCUCGUCCCGGAGGAGCACCGCGAGCCGCUGCAGGGCGAGUUCCCCAAGAAGCGGGACUCGGUGCAGCGCUGGGAGCUGCUGAAGGGCAGGAUGGAGCGGGUGCGGGUGAGUGGCCGUGGAGCUGCCCCGGGCACGCCGUGCUAUGCGGACUGGGAGAUCAUGCUGCAGUACUGCUUCCCCCGCCUCGACAUCAACGUUAGCAAAGGUGUGGGGCACCUGCUGAAGAGCCCCUUCAGCGUCCACCCCAAAACAGGUCGCAUUUCGGUGCCGCUGGAUCUGCAGAGGCUGGACCAGUUUGACCCGUUCGCUGUCCCCACCAUCAGCACCCUGUGCCACGAGCUGGACGCUGCCGGCAAUGACGGGGAGCAGGAGGACGGCGGAGAGACGGAGCCAAAGCGCCGUGCGCGGGACUACAAGAAGACGAGCCUGGCGCCCUACGUGCGGGUCUUUGAGCAGUUCGUGGAGGAGAUGGAGCACACGCGGAGGGGAGAGCUGCUCCGGAGAAGCGACCUGCAAGGAGACUUCUGAGACCUCACUGCCAGGGGCCACAGGGGCAGCCCCGGUCCUUGCCGCAGGGCCGCCAAGGGACCGAGUCUGCCAUCACGGCUUCUGCCAUUGUCACAUCCGCCGCCUCUGCCGGCCGCGGGGGUCCUGGUGCCUUGGAGCAGGGAGCCCGGCAGCCAGCGGCCGAACCGCGCCGGCUCCCUGCCCCGCUCCCCGUGGGCCCCACGCGGGCCCUUUCCACCUUUUGUACCUUUUCUACGCAAAGACUAUUAAACGUCUCCGGUCA